AUGCUUAUCGGCUUAUGUGGAGGCAUUUGCGCUGGCAAAAAUGCGAUUGCUGAGUACCUGAUUCAACACCAAGGCUUCCAGCUUCUGGAGCUUAUCAGCAAAUCCGAGACCCGCUUAUCAAAUGACCCAAAUGAUGAUCUACUGAUACAGACAAAGAGUCGAGAAAAUGGGAACUUCCAAUCGAAAUUCGUGUUUGAAACUGUCGAUGCCCUGCUUGAAUUUGUGACAAAAAGAUGGCAAGAACGCUGGGUAACGACGGAUAUUAUAGAUGAGACCAUCGUUGAAAGACUCAUCCUGCGUCCAUUCUUCCUUCUCGUGAGUGUGGAUGCUCCUGUGAGCCUGCGCUGGAAACGAUUUACCGAACGGUGCCGGCAGAAACAAGUAGAGCCUCUAGACCUCGAGAAAUUUGUCUUGUUGAAUGACCGUCACCUCUAUGAGAGGUAUAUUGGACGUGUCUACCUAACUGACAGAGCUCAGGUGCGCCUGUUCAACUCCUCCUCGUCUCUAGAUGAACUCCAUAAAUCCCUCCAAAGACUUGAUCUUGCUGAUGAACAACGACUUCGACCAAUUUGGGAUCAAUAUUUCAUGCAGCUUGCAUCUCUUGCAGCACAAAGAAGCAAUUGUAUGAAGCGAAGGGUUGGAUGUGUGCUCGUUCGAGAACGUCGCGUCAUCAGUACAGGCUAUAAUGGAACACCACGGCAUCUCCCAAACUGCAAUGAAGGUGGAUGUCCCCGCUGCAACCGUGGUGAUGGAGGUGGCGUUGGUCUCUCUACCUGUCUAUGUAUUCAUGCCGAAGAGAAUGCGUUAUUGGAAGCCGGCAGGGAGCGUAUUCGAGAAGGUGCUAUUCUUUAUUGUGACACUUGCCCUUGCUUGACCUGUACGGUGAAAAUCACUCAAGUCGGCAUUUCAGAAGUUGUUUACUCACAGGGCUAUAACAUGGACAAAGAUAGUGCUGCCAUUCUCGAAGCUGCGGGUGUGCAUCUACGGCAGUUUAGCCCGAUAUCAAAUGGGCUCAUUGAUCUACAAGAAUUCAAGGAAACAACUCAGAAUUAA